UUCAGGCAGUCUCCUGUGGACAGGGCACUGGUGGAGAUAAAAUGAGUGGAAAGAUCUCUUGCUGUUUCCUGGUUUCCCUCCUGUUGGCAGUGGUCUGGGCGGCUCCUCAGGGAACCCAUGACCAUUCAGCAGAUCACCAUCAACACCUCCACCAUGGCAAGGAUGAACCUCACCCCAGCCACGAUGGAGCAGGUGACUUGUCCCACAAACUUGCCCCCCACAAUGCUGACUUUGCCUUCUCCCUCUACAAGAAGCUGGCUGCCCAUCCUGAAGCUCAAGGAAAGAACAUCUUCUUCUCUCCACUGAGCAUCUCCAUGGCUCUGUCCAUGCUGGCCCUGGGAGCCAAAGGUGAAACCCACUCACAGAUCUUCAGCUCCCUGGGCUACAGCGCUCUCACUCCUGAUCAGGUCAAUGAAGGUUAUGAGCACCUUCUUCACAUGCUGAGCCACAGCCAGGACACCAUGCUGCUGGAGGCAGGAAGUGCUGUAGCUGUCAGAGAAGGCUUCAAACCUGUAGACAAGUUUCUAAAGGAUGCUCAGCAUUACUACCAAGGAGAGGCCCUCAGUGUGGACUUCUCCAAACCUGAAGUCGCUGUGCAAGAAGUCAACAAGUACAUCGCCAAGAAGACCAAAGAUAUGAUCACUGACAUGGUCAAGACCCUGGACCAGGACACUGUGAUGAUGCUCAUCAACUACAUGUAUUUCAGAGGUAAAUGGGAAAAGCCUUUUGAAGUGGAACACACCCACAAAGCUGACUUCCACGUGGAUGAGAAGACCAAGGUGUCUGUGGACAUGAUGAAGAGAACUGGCCGAUACGACUUCUACAACGACCGAGACAAUUCUACCUCCAUCAUCAUGGUGCCCUACAAAGGCAACACCUCCAUGAUGAUCAUUCUUCCUGCAGAGGGAAAGAUGGAAGAGUUGGAGAAAGGCAUCUGCAAGGAGCAUCUCAAGGAAUGGACUUCCAAACUCUUCAGAAGCUCUGUGGAUCUCUUCAUGCCCAAGUACUCCAUCUCUGCAUCCUCCUGUCUUGCGGGAACUCUGAAGGAAAUGGGAAUAGUCGAUGCAUUCUCAGACAGUGCAGACUUCUCAGGAAUUAGUGAGGAGGCCAAAGUGAAAGCUUCCAAGGUCCUCCAUCAGGCCGUCCUCAAAGUUGAUGAGAAGGGCACUGAAGCAGCUGCUGCCACCACCAUAGAGAUCAUGCCCAUGUCUCUGCCAGACACCAUGAACCUCAACAGACCCUUCCUGGUCUUCAUUGUGGAGGACAGCACCAAGAGCAUCCUCUUCAUGGGCAAGAUAACCGAUCCCACCGCAUAGAGGCAGCCAACUCCCACCCACACUGCAAGCAAUAUGAAGGAACUGGCCUCAUGUCAUUUAUCGGCAAAUUGAGUUCGGUCUUCGUGUCACUUGUCAGUCAGAAGGUAAAAUGUUCUGCAGGACUCACAGAAGAACUCCAUUCAGCUGAAAUGAAGCACAAAUGCAUUCUGUCUCAGUCCAGUUCCUUAACACGCAUAGUAAAAAAAAAAAGAAUAAAAAGUUGUUUUCCUUUUUUAACCUGUA